AUGGCUGCAACGCUGCUGGGGGAAGAGCCCAGGUUGGGCAGCACUCCGUUGGCCAUGCUGGCCGCGACCUGCAACAGAAUCGGUGACCCGAGUCUGUCUUCGUCUCCAGCUCUCUCGGACGGGGCAGCAGGCCGGCUGAAGGGCUUCCACCCGUGGAAACACACCAGCUCAGCGGUCGCCACCCAACUCCCCGCAGAGACCUCCAGCGCUUUCUCGGUGACCUCCACCUCUUCCCCAUUCGGAAAUGACUUUUCAGUGUACCAGACUGCUGCGCCCCUGGCCGAGCCCUCCGUUUCUGAUCAGAGGUCAAUGUUCCUCACCAAGCUGCCCCCGUCUGUGGAGGGAAUUUACCCGAGGAUGCAGCCUCACCAGUCCUGGUUCAAGCCCCUGUCGGAUGUCAGCUCUGCCUCUUGGUGGGACCUCGGGAACACCUGGGUGGAGCCACAGCAUCAGUCCGGGUUACCUGCCCAUUUAAGCGGCUACAGUGGCGACUACUGCCCGACCUUUGCCCCUGGUGCCGCUCAGCAUUUGCUUCCCGGCUCUCAGGGUCUGUUCGACCCCUUCAGACCUCCUGCUCCGACAGACAUGAACGCGGCCAGCGCGCCUGCGCCCACCCCGAUCGUUCCCAUCGCGGCUCCCCCGCGCCCCUCCUCCUCCUCCCGCCGCUACACCGGCAGGUCCACCUGCGACUGCCCCAACUGCCAGGAGGCGGACAGUCUGUGCCAGGGAGGCUCCAGUCCGCGGCGGAGGGGCGUCCACAGCUGCCAUAUUCCCGGCUGCGGAAAAGUGUACGGCAAGACGUCGCACCUGAAAGCGCACCUGCGCUGGCACACCGGAGAGCGGCCCUUCGUCUGCAACUGGCUCUUCUGCGGGAAGCGCUUCACCCGCUCCGACGAACUGCAGCGGCACCUGCGCACUCACACCGGCGAGAAGCGCUUCGAGUGCGCGGUCUGUCACAAACGCUUCAUGCGCUCCGACCACCUGAGCAAGCACGCGCGGACGCACAGCGCGGAGGGCGCGGAGGAGGAGGCGGCCUUGAAGGUCAGCUGCGACACGGACAGUAGCGCUGCUCUGAGUCCGCAGCGAUCGCCGGAGCUGACCGCUGACGGACAGAGUUGACGCCGAUGACCGGCGGAGCUUUCCUCGAGACGGAUAUGGCACUUUAAAAUCAGCAUCAGCGGCGGAUCAACUUCGACCUCACCAUUGUUUUUGGGUCUUGCUUUGAAUAAAUGUUUGUAAGUUAUCAACACUAUUUUAUUUUAUGGAGCUUUCAGUUAUGAGCAACUAUUGAUGCU